GCCGUGUUUUAGUGGUGACAUUGCAGACGAGACCGCCGCGUCAGCUACAAAGUCUGGCCUCAUAUUUCCGAAGCUUGCGCGAACGUGAUAAGUGAAGCGCAAACAGCAGGGCGUACGAGAAAACGCUAUGAGUGCACUUAAACUGAAACCGCUGGAAGACUCGAACCUUUACAAGCGCCGUACCACGUCCAAGGAGAACCUACUCCACACAGCAGUGGGUGGCAGUGUUGGUGGUGGUGGUGGUGCAGUAGCAGCAGCAGCAGUAUCCGCUAGCGAUAUGAUGUUACGUCCCGGGCGGGAUACGGACAGCCCUUCCUCCACCGCAUCGCCACGGCUCAUGUCAGCCAGUUCGACACAGCAAUCGACGACAGCGACGACGACACGCUCACAGAUGCAGCAGAAUGUCGCGUCCUAUCCGCCACCCCAUCCCCAGGUGGAGAGUUACUAUCAGCAACCGAAGUCACCGAUAAGAAUGGCAACGGGGUUCGGGGGUACCACAGUACCCUUUCCCCUGUGUACCUCCACACCGACGCACCCUUCGGCAGGGGGUCAGAAGAAUGUGCAAUUCUUAACGACAGCAAACAGCAGAAAUGUGUACGAUAGCGGCACGGCGUCGCCGCAAACGCGAGUGGCAGUGCAAUUCGAACAGCCGAACGUUUCACACGGCGCAACGCCACAGAGAGGAGCGUCCAGUUCGGGGCAGCAACAACCGCCCGGAGCGUAUCAGAAUCUACCGACACCCGGGAUAGCACCGGGCACACCGACCACACCCGGCAGAAGGAUGGAAUCGUGGGAACAGUCUGGAAGAUCGAACGUGCAAACGGUGGCAGCCGGCGACGGCGUCACCACCAACAACAUGUCGCUCGGCACGAUGCACUGCACGCGCUGUGACGAAGGCUUCGAACCGCACGAGCGCAUCGUCAACUCCAACGGGCAGCUCUGGCAUACGCAAUGCUUUGUCUGCGCGCAAUGUUUCCGCCAGUUCCAGGACGGCAUAUUCUACGAGUUCGAGGGCCGCAAGUACUGCGAGAAGGACUUCCACAUCCUGUUUGCGCCGUGCUGUGCCAAGUGCAACAACUUCGUGAUCGGACGCGUGAUCAAGGCGAUGGCGGCGAACUGGCAUCCGCAGUGCUUCACCUGCGAGCGCUGCAGCAUUCCGCUGGCCGAUUCGGGCUUCAUACGCAACCAAAACCGGGCCCUGUGCCACGAUUGCAAUCGCAAGGAGAAGGAGGUCGGGCUCGGCAAGCUCGUCUGCAACAAGUGCCAUGGCAUUAUCGACGAUGCGCCACUGCGCUUCCGGGGUGAAGUUUACCACGGGUAUCACUUCAACUGUACGUCCUGCGGUGCCGAACUGGACUCGUCGGCCCGGGAGGUGAAGAACCGCAGCGGGUAUGCCGCCAACGACAUGAACGAGCUGUACUGCCUGCGAUGCCACGAUCGCAUGGGCAUCCCGAUCUGUGGUGCCUGUCGCCGGCCGAUCGAGGAACGGGUUGUCACCGCGCUGGGAAAGCAUUGGCACGUUGAGCACUUUGUGUGUGCCAAGUGUGAGAAACCCUUCCUUGGCCAUCGUCACUACGAGAAGCGUGGCAUGGCCUACUGCGAGACGCACUAUCAUCAGCUGUUUGGAAAUUUGUGCUUCGUCUGCAAUCAAGUCAUCGCUGGUGACGUGUUCACCGCAUUGAACAAGGCCUGGUGCGUUCAUCACUUCUCCUGCUCGAUCUGCGACCAGAAGCUGGACCAGAAGUCCAAAUUCUUCGAGUACGACGAGAAACCGGUGUGCAAAAAGUGCUACGAGCGGUUCCCGAGCGAGCUCCGUCGCCGCUUGCGCAUUUCGCACGAAAACACAAUCAAGAAGCCGGCUCCGUAAAGGGCGAAGCGGACGUCAAUUGAACAACACUCUCUUCUGCGUGCCAAUAAUGAAAGCAGCAAAUCGAUACGAAUUGCAAACCGAAUCUAACCCGCACACGCUGGCCAAUGCAGCGCAUUGUGUGCUUGAAAACGAAACUUACUUGAACAAUCAAGAUAAAAUCAGCUAUUAACAAACUCCCCGAUGCUUAUUGUAAUUAAGAAACCACGUGAGUGUUCGUGAAGUCUAGUACCAUUCUACUAACGCCCUCCUGGCAGUGCAAGAUUAAAACAGUGCCUUUACACGCGUAGUCAGGAACGAUGCUGUACCUUCCUAAAACAUGAUUUACAAUUGGUGCACCCGUUUUAUAUAGCAGUGUAUUUAAAAAGCACCAAGCUUUACGUUUAACCGUUUCUGGAAUUAAUUAUUAGUCUCGUGUGUAGAGGAGGAACCAGUCUUUUGUAGAGAACUGUAGACGGUCCGUAUUUGUUCAUGUUCGGUGCUCGAAUAGUGCCAACCAAUAAUGCGCGCACACACACACAUACCCAACCAUCGUUCGGUAGUAUGUAAUUGUAAUGUUUUAGUAUUAAAGUUUUUACUUACUUUUUUGAAAUAACAACAUUUAACACGUUAACGGGUAAACAGCAGAGCGGACGGAGAAACAGCAAUGCCGUGAAAACGACGAGCAAGCAACGAACCGUACCUUCCCCAAGAUAGGGAAAUUCGCUACAGAGUCAUCACGAUGAUGAUGAUGAGUUUAGUAUGUGUGUAAUAUUUUUAAUAAACUAAUGUGUUUGUAUUUUAACUCCAAA